AUGAUGUUCUUUUUAUUCUUUGUAGCCUUCCCUAUCAUUCUUAUUUUUCUUCUUCUUAAAGCCAAAAUAAGUGGCAAAAACAAUUUGCCACCAGGUCCUUUAGGGUUGCCAUUCAUUGGAAAUUUGCAUCAAUUUGAUAGUUUAACCCCUCAUCUCUAUUUUUGGAAACUUUCCAAAAAAUAUGGAAAAAUCUUUUCAUUAAAAAUUGGUUCUACUCCAAUAAUUGUAAUUUCUUCAACAAAAUUAGCAAAAGAAGUAUUGAAAACACAAGAUUUAGUAUUCUGUAGUAGAGCUUCUAUUCUUGGCCAGCAAAAAUUGUCUUACAAUGGUCGUGACAUAGUCUUUGCACCUUACAAUGACUCUUGGAGAGAAAUGCGAAAAAUUUGUGUUCUUCAUCUGUUUAGUCUCAAGAAAGUACAAUUAUUUAGUCCAAUUCGUGAAGAUGAAGUAUCAAGAUUGAUCAAGAAAAUAUCUCAACAAGUUGUGACUUCACAAAUCACCAAUUUGAGCAAUUUAAUGAUUUUACUAAGUAGUAAGAUUAUGUUCAGAGUUGCUUUUGGUAUUAGGUAUGAUGAAGAAUCACAUGAAAGUGAGAGGUUUAAUUUUCUUUUAGGAGAAUCUGGAGAAUUGCUGACUAGCUUCUUUAUCUCUGAUUUUUUUCCUUCUUUAAGCUUGAUUGAUAAAUUAUUUGGAAAUAUUAGUAGACUUGAGAAGAAUUUUAAAGGUUUUGAUGAGUUUUAUGAAAAACUCAUUGAGCAGCAUCUUAAUCCCAAUAGGCCAAAAUCCAUGGAAGGGAACAUUCUUGAUAUUUUGCUACAAUUGAAGAAAGAGAAAUCAACACCAAUUGAUCUCACUAUGGAGGAUAUAAAAGCAAUUGUUAUGAAUGUGUUACUUGCGGGAUCAGAAACUAGUGCGGCUACAGUAAUAUGGACAAUGACAGCCUUGAUGAAAAAUCCAAAAGCCAUGAAGAAAGUUCAAGAAGAAAUUAGAAAAUCAAUUGGGAACAAAGGCAUUGUGAAUGAAGAUGAUAUACAAAAUAUGUCUUAUUUCAAAGCAGUAAUAAAAGAGACAUUUAGAUUAUAUCCAUCAGUUCCAACCCUAAUACCAAGAGAAUCAAUGAAAAAAUCCACACUAGAAGGGUAUGAAAUUCAACCAAAAACUAUAGUUCAUGUGAACUCAUGGGCUAUUGCAAGAGAUCCUGAAAUAUGGGAAAAUCCAGAAGAAUUUAUGUCAGAGAGAUUCUUGAAUAGUGAUAUCGAUUUUAAGGGUCAAGAUUUUGAGUUGAUUCCAUUUGGAGCAAGAAGAAGAGGGUGCCCAGGGAUGACACUUGGGAUUGCAUCAGUGGAACUUGCAUUGUCAAAUCUUCUUUAUUCAUUUGAUUGGGAAUUACCUUAUGGGAUGAAAAAAGAAGACAUUGACACAAACGUUAGGCCUGGAAUUACCAUGCAUAAGAAGAAUGUUCUUUGUCUUAUCCCCAAAAAAUAUAUUUAGAUUGUAUAUCCUCAUACGUGGAUCUUGGACUAGUUAUC